AUGCCCACUAAUGAAUGGCCGACGGAGGGAGAGUCGGGGGAUGGGGAUGCAAGCGGUAUCGAGUGCAGAGAUGAGGUGUUCGCUGCGCACCAGGUGCGGCAUGCGGACUUGAAACCCACCGUGGCCCAUAUCGCUCCGCAGGCGACGCCUGUGGCCUUGUGCCAACCGGCCCCAGAGGCCGCGAACGGUGCCAUAGUAGCCGCGAUCCUCCCAGAAGAGGAGCGACCAAUACCCGUCACAGAACUGAUAUUCGCACCGCGAAAGAAAGAAAUGAACAAAGGCUUUCUCAUGUUCUCCCAAGACGAGGGACUUACAAGUGAGUGGCACACGAACUUCCACAGCUUAGUGCUCAAGGACGAGCCUGAGGACCUAACGCACUUGGCCCCGACAGCGGGCGAUGCUUGUAUACCAUUGGAGAACAGUCCCUUCGAUAUGUUCGACGAGUUCAUUUUGAGCGACAACUACUGCAGCCUACUCGGCGACGAUUUGGCGACCGGAUCGCCUGUUGAUUCUCUUACCGCCGACUCCUUAUUGUCUUCGCCCGAUCCUCAGGAAACGGAAUCGUCAUGCGAACAGUCGUCGCUAUUAACUGAAUUGACGCUGGACGCGUUCGACAGCGGCCGUUCCGAUAACGACAUCGACGAUGGAAAUUCCCCGUUCAUCCCGACCAGCGAUGAGCUCCCCGUUCUCGAGUCGGCCGUCAUGUGGGGCGCGCUGCCCGACAACGUGAGCCUGGCUAGGCCCCAGCCCUCUGAGCCGGCGGCGGUGUCCGCGGCGCCAGCCCUGCAGCGUCUACUCGCCGCGGCGCCAACGGGCCCACCCCCACAGGAUCUCAUCACGAAUAUAUACUCCGACCAAGGUCUUAUUCCAAACAGCAGUGUCUCCACGUGGGAUACGGGAGUCAAGAGGGUUAUGAAACAGGAGGAGGAGCCGGUGGCGAAGCGCGUCAAACGCAGCCCCUCCCCGCUGUCUCUGCUGGAGGAGCCGACCACCCCUUCCUCCAGCGUCCUCAUGAACCUCCUGGAUCUACCGCAGCAGAUCGGCCCGAAGGUGUCGCGGAACUAUCAACAGAUGGCGUUGAGCGCGAUGCGGCCCCCCUUCGAGGCGGUCGGCAGCAGCAUCCCCGUGCCGGUCAUCAACAUAAUACAGGCCGCGCCGAGCGAGCGCGCGGUCGACGGCGAAACGCGCGCCCACCCCAUGUCUCCGCUGACCCUGAACGUGGGCUCGCCCAUGUACUCGCUGCCGCCGAGCCCGAACACGUCCAGCUACACCAGCCCCGCCGUGAGCCCCGCCCAAAGGGAGCGCCUUCUCAGCCCCUACUCCACGCCGCAGUCCCUCUCCCCCGCGGGCGCGUUCCAAGGCUACAGCCCGAGUAGCAGCCUAAUGUCCCCGGUUAGCAUGCUCCACGGCUACGACCCGUACUUGAGCAACAAGAUGCAAACUAGCCCCGGCUUCCCCCUCCACCCGGAAGUCCUCGACAACGUGAUGCCCCUACCCUCCCCGGACUUUUGGGGCGACUCCGACGUGAUGCAAGGCGCCGGCGACCUGCUCACGGCCUUCGAUGACGUGAAACUGGUC